CAGCUGUAUGAACUAUGAAGGGAGGGCUAUCAAGCUGUCAGAUGGUGAAUAGCAAAGCGGAGCGGUAGUGAGAAUUAUUUUAACAAAUAUGUGUUUUUAUUUUCAAUAUCAUACGCAUAGGUAAUCGCCGCACCUAGUAUUAAGCUUUAGGGUAAUUAAGAACGGGAGCCACCACCGAAGCUGCCGCAAAAUGGGGUCCAGGGAUAGGGACACUAAGUCCCUUCAUGACAAGUUGAAAGUGUUAUUCAAGAAAAGUGGUUCUGCGCCCGUAGCUGCACAAAACGAGCUGGUGGUAACACCAGAACUCCGACGGGAACUCAGCUCUGAAGUCCCGUUACAUCGACGUCUCCGCGCUAUCAAGGAAUUGGGUGAAAAAGUGCUUCAUAUUCGUGUUCAGGAAGGAGGUGUAGAAAAAAUAUGGACCACCACUAGAGACUUACUAGACGAUCCUUCUAUGGAAGCUCGUCACGCAGUGCUGGGUCUCCUCCGCUGCAUCGCCGAGGGGCAAACAGAACUGCUCAUCAUGCGCACUAUCAUAUUCCGGUACCUGCAGGAGACGCAACCCUCACAGCACCCAGAGGACUACCAGCUACGGUUCAAGCUACUUCACACUUUAACUAACACUGGCAAAGACAUCAAAUGCUUUGAAGAAGAGAUUGGUCCCUUUCUCCUGGAGUGGUUGCCGCAGCUUCCGGGGCCGGCUCAGAUCAUAGACUUUGUACAGCUCAUCACCAAUGUUGUCAAGUUUAAUGCAGUGUAUCUGGAUGAGGAAAUAGUGCAUGGAAUUGUUAACAACGCGUGCCACCUGUGCGUGUACUCGGCGGAGGCGGGCGUGGUGCAAGGCUGCCUGUCGCUGCUGGAGGCGGUGCUCUCGUACUCGCUGCUGCCGCGCGCCGCGCUGCGCACCUUCGUGGCGGCGCUCUGCCGCACCGUCAACCUGGAGCACUACUGCCAGAACAGCUGGAAGCUGAUGCGGUACGUGGUGGGCGCGGACAUGGGGCACGCGGCGCUGCAGGCGAUGGUGGAGAUGGUGCGCGAGGCGGGCGAGGCGGGCGCGGCGGGCGAGGCGGGCGAGGCGGACGCGGGGCUGGCGCGCGGCGCCGUGUUCUACAUCAACAUGGCGCUGUGGGGGCCGCGCCGCGUGCUCACGCUGCACGUCUCGCACCUGGCCGUGCUGCCGGCCUUCCUCAAGGCGCUGAGCGCGCGGCAGCCCGUGGUGACGUACGAGGUGGUGGUGGCGCUGCAGAGCCUCGUGGCGCGCAUGCCGCUCGACCUGCACGAGGUCUCGUGGGACGUGCUGCUGCGCAUCGUGCGCGAGAUACUCGACCAGGACAAAAGCCUGGAGCCGCCGAACGAGCUGAUCCACAAGCAGGUGCACGCGCUGAUCACCAGCAUCGAGCAGCUGCAGGAGGCGGGCCAGUUCCAGGGCGACCCCGACGCGCUGCUCGACCUGCUCGACUACUGCGGACACGACCGCCCGGAGGCGUCGACCAUGCGCGUGAUCACGCUGCGCGGCGCGGCGCUGGGCGGCGGCUGCGGCGGCGGGGGGGAGGGCGGCGCGGGCGCGGCGCUGGCGCUGGCCGAGCGCUACCUGCGCCACGAGCCGCGCCUGCCCGUGCGCCUGCACACGCUGCACACCGUGCUCGCCUACAUCAAGCGCAACAGCGUGGGCGGCGAGGAGGCGGUGGAGCGCGUGGGCGCGGCGCUGGCGAGCGCGUGCGCGGGCGACGCGGAGUGCGCGCUGCGCGCCGCCGCCGCGCGCGCGCUGCCGCUGCUGGCGCGCGCCUGCUCCGCCGACGCCGCCAUCGACCUCGUCGACCAGCUCGAGAAGAUCUUGAACCGUCCGUUCGAAAUGUACGUGUCCGACGUGCCCAUCCCGGCGGAGGCGGACACGAGCGACCUGGCGGCCGCGGCGAGCGGGCUGCUGGAGCUGCUGCACGACAAGCUGCUGCGCGCCCCCGCCGCGCCCGCCGCGCGCGCGCUGCUCGUGCUGCUCGACCACCUGGACCUGCACUACCGCCGCCCGGCGCUCUGCCGCCACCACCCCGACAUCCGCCUCAAGAUCUUCGACAUGCUGUUCGGGCUGCGCGCGAACGCGUCGAACUGCGUGGGGUUCUGCUACGACUCGCGCGGCGCGGCCGUGUGGGGCGCGGCGGCGCUGCGCGUGCGCCCCACCUGCUCGCCCUUCCUGCUGGCCGAGCCGCCGCUGCCGCGCGGGGCCGCCGCGCCGCCGCCGCCGCGCGCCGACCUGCCGCCGGGCGCGUGCGUGAUCCCGGUGGGGCGGUUCGCGCGGCUGCUGGCGCUGGCGCUGACGCGCGAGAGCGAGUGGGGCGCGCUGGCGCACGUGCUGCGCGCGCUGCCGCACCUGCUCACCGCGCGCGCGCUCGUGCUCGGCCGCCGCGCGCACGACCUGGACCAGCUCGCCGCCACGCUCUGCUCCAUGGUGUCGGACCGCAGCGCCACGUUCCCGGAGUGCUGGCGCGCCAACGGCAAGCUGCUGGUGUCGGAGUACCACGCGGCCGUGCUGCCGCCGCUAGCCGCCAUGGCGUCCUAUAACGCGUACCUCGAGCCCAACACGCAGCGCCACGUCGUGCGCUGCCUGCUCAAGCACGGCAUGGUGCUCCGCACGCCGCAGCCGUACAUCAACGCGCUGACGCUGUUCACGCUGGAGACGCGCGAGACGAUGGUGCGCAUGCUGCCCGAGGUGCUGCUCGACCUGUCCAAGAUCUCCGACACGCAGGCCAUCGCCAGCCCCAUGCUCGAGUUCCUCUCCACGCUGACGCGGCUGCCGCGCGUGUUCGCGUCGUUCGUGGAGGACCAGUACAUGUCGGUGUUCGCGAUCCUGCUGCCCUACACCAACCCGUCGCGCUACAACCACUACGUGGUGUCGCUGGCGCACCACGUCAUCGCCGCCUGGUUCCUCAAGUGCCGCCUCUCCUACCGCCGGAACUUCGUGCGCUUCAUCAUACACGGUUUACACAACUACAUCAUAAUGCCUUUCGAGGAGCAGCUCCAGUACAAAACGAACAACUUCCACCAGAACUCGGUUAACGAGGACUCGUCGAACAGGCAGCGGAGUUCCAGUUUGGGAUCGAAGGCGGUGUCGCGCGCGCCGCUGGCGGGGCGCGGCGGGGGCGCGCGGGGCGGCGCGGGGGGCGCCGGCGGGGCGGGGGGCGGCGUCGGGGGCGCGGGCGGCGCGGGGGGAGGCAGCGCGCCCGCCGCCUUCCACGUGGAGCUCACCGAGACGUGCGUCGACCUGCUCGCCAGAUACACCUUCACGCCCUGCAGCGUCAAGCCGCAGAGGAGCGACACGGCAGAAUUCCUGUUUAAAGGCGGUCAGUCGACGACGUGGCUGGUGGGCCAUAAGCUGGUCACCAUCACCACCUCCGGUUGUCUACAGAACUCCAUCAAGCAGGGCCUGUGCGAAAGGUGCGCGUCGCUGUGCCGCCAGCACGCGGAGAGCGCGGGCAGCCCGCUGCCGCCCGCCCCCGCGCCCGCCCCCGCCCCCGCGCCGGCCCCCGCGCCGCCCGCCGCGCCCCCUGCGCCCGCCGACCUUCCGCCGCAGGUACAGAUUAAAGACAGUUCAGAAAGUAAUUCUUCGUCAUCGAACAACCAUCUUCAAGUCAAUUCACACGGACAGAACAACCAACCGGAAGUCAAAAGGUACAGCAAGUGGUCGCUGCAGCACAGCCGCUCCACGGAGACGUCCUGCUCCUCCCUCUCCAUCUCCGAGCUGCAGCCGCCCUCCAGCGGACACGUCUCCAGGCAAAACUCAUCAGAGAACAAAUCGACGGACCCCCUAGCAGACGUACUCAAUCAGUUCACACAACGAAUAGAGAGGAUAUCAAAAGAAGUGGAGAGCGAGGAGGGCGCGUGGUGCCGCGUGGGCGGGCUGGCCGAGGCGGGCGCGUGCCCGUGCUGGUGCGCGCGCUGGGCGCAGCUGCACGUGCGCUCGCCCACCGGCGACGUGUCCUGGCUGCUGCGCAUGCAGAACCACAUAAACUCAGCGCAGCUGCAGGAGUGGCCGCUACAGGACGUGCUGGCGCUACUCUCGCCGCCGCUGUCCGCCGGCAUCGACCCCGGCGCCUCACUUGCCGCACAAGCCGCACACGCCUCUCAAGCCUCACAUGCCGCCUCUGCCACAGACCUGGCUUCAGAAGAAUCAUCACGAUCGAGUCGGCCGCAACACGCGGCCGAUUUGCACAAAUCCAGCUCGGACACGGUGGUGGCCGGCGAGCGGCGCGCGCCCGCGCACUCCGCGCACCAGCCCGCCAGGAUGAGCACACAACCCAUAAACAUCCCGGGCUCCCCGCAGCGACAGAGCUCGUCCAGCACUACGGGCGACGAUGAUAUGCUGCUUAUAGUACCCGAACAGGGCAAGAGCCGGCAUCCGGUGCGGCGCUCCAACUCUUCGCCGGAGAUGUCCUCCUCGUGGAAGGUGUCCGUGCGCGAGCCCACCGCGCCUGAUGAUGAGCUCCCACCUAACGUGGACGAGAUGAUUCUGCUGCCCGGCGCGGGCGCGGGGGGCGCGGGCGGCGGCGUGUCGCCCUCCUUCGUGUUCCUGCAGCUCUACCACAACAUGAGCACCUACCCCAUCUCGCCGCCCGUACCCGGGGAAGUGCCGACCCAGCUGAGCGCGGGCUGCGAGCGGCCGCUGAAGGUGUGCGGCGCGCAGCACGAGCGGACGCUCAAGAACAUAGACCUCAUGCCGCCGCUCGAGACCUACAAGGUUGGCGUAUUGUACGUAGGGCCGGGACAGCAAGAUGACGAGGUCGCUAUUUUGAAAAAUGAAUAUGGCAGCGUCAGAUAUUCAGAAUUCUUGCGCGCUCUAGGUACGCUGGUACCGCUAGAGGGCGCGGACGAGCCUAACCUGUUCCUCAACUUGGAGAAGGGUGGCAAAGAUGGCCGCUACACUUACGUUUGGACGGACGACAUAAUGCAGGUGCAGUUCCACGUGGCGACGGCGAUGCCGAGCUGCGCGCGCGACCCGCACUGCAACGAGAAGCGCAAGUACAUCGGCAACGACUUCGUGUCCAUCGUCUACAACGACUCGGGACAAGACUUCAACAUACUCACCAUUAAGGGUCAGUUUAACCUGUGCGUGGUGGUGGUGGAGCCGAUGGAGUGCGGCAUGAGCCGCGUGCUGGUGAAGACGAAGGACGAGCGCAUCCGCAGCAAGUUCCUGGCGCACCUGCAGCCCACCGCGCUCUCCGACACCAGCGUGCCGCUGCUCGCGCGCCAGCAGGCGCUGCACUGCGCGCUGGCGUCGCAGAUCAGCCAGUCGCUGGAGACGCCGGGCGGGCAGCCGUACGCGUCCAACUGCCUGGAGCGGCUGCGGCUCAUCAAGCGGCUGCGCGCGCGCAUCGAGGCGGAGCGCCGCUCGGCCGCCGCGCGCGCGCCGCCGCCCUACCACGCCUCGCCGCACUCCGCGCACGCGCAGCGCCGCGUCGCCAUCGACGACUUCAACGACUACACCUAGCCGCCUCCCGCCACUCCGCUCCG